AUGCAAUCUGAUUUUGAAUGGAUGGUUCCCAUUGAAGUGAUGUUGGGUUCUCUCAAACAUGGUGAAGUUCAAGCAUGCAGCAUUUCCAACGUUCCAGACAAACUUCGAGAAGCAAAUGAAGAUGCUUACAAACCAAAGCAUAUCUCCAUAGGUCCCUUACAUAGAGGAGCCACCAGACACCUUCAGAUAAUGGAAGAACCAAAAUGGCAUUACAUGCGCGAGUUUCUUGAACGACAAGGAACACCGGAGCAAAAUAGAAAAUCAGAAAUAAGGUUAAGAGAAUGUGGCUUUGACAUUCUCCAGUUGGAUCAAGUCGUCUGCGCUAGUUAUGGUGGAAGCAACAACAAGAUCUUCGAAGAAAUAGAUUCACACGAAAUUACUAAAAUAAUGAUAAUAGAUGGUUGUUUUCUGUUGGAGCUUCUCAUUAGGCUCGGCGAUUACAUGGAGAACCAAUCAACAACUUCUUAUAAAAGCGACCCAAUCCUUAAAACCGAGGAAAAGGUGUUGUCGGUUUUAAACGAUAUAGCAAUGCUUGAGAAUCAAAUUCCAUUCGUUGUUCUCAAGAAAUUAUAUAGAAAAGUAUUUCCUAAUGGAAGGGAGAUCAAAGACGAUCAUCGUGUUGCUGAUAUUGUUCGCAAGGCCUUUGGAUAUGCUUUGACAAGUAGCUCGGGGGGUGCUCAUAUACUUCAUUUGAUGCAUCUGUCUACUGUGGAACAAAACCAACAACAUGAAGGGAAAAAGGCAAAGCUAGAGUUAUUGCGCUGUGCUACAAAGCUUCGUGCUUCUGGGGUAACAAUUCGAGCUAAAUUAAAUAGUGCAAGUCAAAAUAAACAUAAGCUGGUUGAUAUAUUUGAUUUUGGUAUAAGUUUUAGUGAUACUGGAAAGUUGGAAAUUCCGCCGUUACAUGUUAAGAAAACAACCGAAGUGAAAUGGAGGAAUUUGAUUGCUUGGGAGCAAAGCAAGAUUUGGAUUAGAUGCAACUACACUUCUUAUGCACUUUUCUUCAAGGGUUUGAUAUGUUGUGCUCAUGACAUUGAAUUGCUUGUGGAAAAAGGGGUUAUCGUGAAUGAGUUGAACAAGAGCAAUGAAGAUUUGUUGGCAAUGUUUCGCACCAUUUCCAAUGGAGCUGAACAUAUGGAUUUGAGUUAUAGUGAGAUUUGUGCAAGGUUGAAUGUGUAUGACUACAAGGGAAUGAAAGUUAAUAAAAUGUUGCAAAAACUACCUAUUAGGACAUGGCAUCAAUGUAGGUGUGUCUUUGAGAUGGUUGAGUACUACGGGCGAAACUGGUACAAUAUUUUGAUACGUGAACAUAUACCGACGGUGUGGAAAUUCAUAGGAAUUGUGGCAGCUGCUGCGCUUCUUGUUCUCACCAUCAUGCAGACAUAUUACUCAUCCCACAAUGGCUAA